GUAGAAGAAGAAGAAAUCGCGGAAGCACAUGGUCGCCAGUGUAGAAGAAUAUUCAUCUCAACUCAGCGGUGUAUGUACACGUUACUUUAGCUUCAGUCUCCGGACACAAACACAACUUCAUCGUCUGCUUCUCGUCCCGUGUUGUCUGUCGAUUUAUUGCCAUCAUGGUUCGAGCGCAAAGGGGGAAAAAGCUGCAGAGACCAAAGAAGACCGAGCGACAUGAUGAAGAUGACCCUGAAGCCUACAAGAACAUGCCUGUCCCUGAUAAGAAAUCGUCACAGUACACGAAGGACAAGAUCGACGAGUUCCACGAUGAGAAGAUCGCAAAACUUCUCGCCAGUGGUGUUGGAAUGGAGAGUGAUUCGGAGGAAAUAGACGAUGAGGAGGAGGUGAUGGCCUUGGAUGAUUCUGAGGAGGAGGACGAUGAUGAAGAGAUUGAGGAGGAGGGGACAGACAUGGAGAGUGAUCUAGAGGGGAAAAAAGAUGAAGACCUUCCAAAUGAAAUGGCUUGGGGCAAAAAGAAGAAGAUGUUCUACGACUCUGAUUAUGUGACCAUCAAAGGGAAAUCAAAUGAAGAGUUGGAAACUGAGGAACAGGAGGAAGAAGAGGAGGCUAAAAGCAUCCAAAAACGUUUGGCUGCAAAUCUGAGCGAGGAGGAUUAUGAUUUAAACCUUUUUCAGGAAUUUGCUGGGGAAGAUGAGAAGGAUGAAAACACGACCAUUGAAAAGGAGGAGAGGAUUGUGAAAGAUCUGAAGGAGAUGUCUCAGAAGGAAAAAAUGAAACUUCUGAAGAAGGAAUCACCAGAGCUGCUUGAACUUAUUCAAGACUUUAAGGCAAAGAUCACUGAGCUAAAGGACGAGCUGCAGCCCCUAGUGCAGAUGAUCAAGGAUGGAAAGAUCCCACCAGGGAAAGGUGCCGACUAUAUCAAGACAAAACAACAACUUUAUCUCAAUUACUGCACAAAUAUCAGUUUCUACUUGGUGCUCAAAGCAAAACGAAUCCCUGCACACAACCACCCUGUGAUUGAGAGACUGCUCACCUACCGAAACCUCAUCAAUGAACUUGGGGCAGUGGAUGCUCGGCUUGCACCAGAGUUCCGCAGGCUACUAGCUGGUGAGGCGAGAGGAGCGCGAGCAGAGGGCAAGAAGACCAGAGUGUGCGGUAAAAAGGAAAAGGAUUCGGAUGAAACUAUGCCCGAGGUCGAGGAGGACUCCGACUCGGACCUGGACGAGGAAGCGGCUUUGCGUUUUUACAGAGAGACGGAGGAACGGUUGAAAUUGAAGAGAAAGAGCAAAGACCCACAUGCUGAAGAGUUGGCGAAAGUUGGCGAUGUGGAAGACGAGCUGGAUCCAGAUGCAAAGAGAGGAAUCACUUACCAGAUGGCCAAGAACAAGGGCCUAACACCAAAGAGGAAGAAAAUUGACCGUAAUCCCCGAGUCAAGCACAGAGAGAAGUUCAGACGGGCCAAAAUCCGCAGAAAGGGACAGGUCCGUGACGUUCGUCGGGAGGAGACAAGGUACAGCGGAGAGCUGUCCGGUAUUCGUGCUGGUGUCAAGAAGAGCACCAAACUCAAAUAACCGAGGGAGAAUUGAAAAUAUC